AAAUAACACACCCAUACAAAUAACGGUACAUGUAAGUGCGCUCGGCUGUACGCGAGUGUGUGCGUGACAGACAAUUUUGCGAAUCAACGAAAUAGCGAAACGUUCAUUUCAUCCGAUUAAUGUGAGUCAGUCUUCGCGUGAUUUUUACGUAGUGCGGUACGCAAAGGCGGAAUGAGUUCUGUCAACGGUGCGAAGCGUAAUUUUCCGGCUCAAUUAUAUUUUGACAAGAGUUGAAAUUGUAGCGGAAAAAUCGUUACGAGUGUGAAAACAAACGAGCUAUGAAGUACAACAGAGUGAUUUUACGCUAAAUAACAAUUGUAAAAAUUGUAAAAGUAAAUCAGUGUAAUUGUCAAUACAAUCAGUGUAGUGUGGAAUAGCCAGCAUUUAAUGUAUUUAUAGUCAAAAGUCUAAAAUGCCAUUUACUGCAUAUACGGCACGAGUACUAAAUUUCUUUGCCAUACUCGCUGUGCUGACAUUUGUUGUUGCUGCAGCAGUUUUCAUUGGCCGCUAUAUCGAGCGUUCAACAGUUUUGUAUGUGAAUAAUUUGGAGUUGCCGAUGAAUUGGAAGCAUCCAAAGGAGAUGCUAUAAAUGGACAAGAUUUUACAUAUGAAUACGUAGAUAGGUACAUGGGCGAAGCCUUAAAAUAACUCAGUUGAAACUAAAAAAAAACUCCAUAUAAAAUACCGUUUAUAACCUUGAGUGAAGUGUAAUUACCACACAAGAAAAGUGUACCAAUGCAAAGCUUUGUGGAAACUAAAUGUGAAUAAUCCACACAAGUGAAAUUGUGCUAGAAGCAAGCAGCAAGUUAAGUUCAACAAAAACGACCUACGCGGUGAAUAAAAAAAUUUAAUUGCGAAUAAUCUCAUACAAUCAUCAACUCAACUGUGAGCAACGCACUUAUAUUAAUGUUUUCGAAUGAGUGCAAAUAUUGAAGUCAAACAGGAAAAAAUAUAUAAAAUAAUAUCGAAAUAACAACGAAAUCAAAUUUGUGUGAUUUCAAAUUGCUGAAUUGCUAACAAAUUAUAAGAAUGCAAAACAGGAAGUGAAUUAGUUUCGAAAAGAAAGUGAAAAGGUUUAAAAGAGUGAACAAGUGCUUAUUAUAUUUUACUCAAUAAUAUCACAAUAUACUAUAGAGAAGGUGAAAAUUAGCGGCAAAUUUGUCAAAAAGUAAAAAGGUGCAACUUCGCGCGUCUCAACAAACUUAAAGCGUCCUUUACACGGGCGGAUGCGCAACGGAUAUGCGAAACAACUUCUUUUGACAUUAACUUGCAACGCGGUCACAGCAACAACAACUAAAGAAUUUCUGAGAGCUUUCUCCAACUCAACGUCAAUAUCUAUGGCCUGCAGCCGUUUCAGCAAAUCGUGCAACGGAUUGUAAAGGAAAUCUCGCCAUUUCCAAUGCCGAGCAUUUAAGUCCACAGUAAUGCCUACAAACAGCAUACAACUGUUGAGUGCAGCAACAGCAACAGCAACAACGCGAGCAAUUGCAAGGCCAGCAACGGAGCGUAGUGACAGCCGACAUUAACGGUAAAUACCGAAACACUCAAGGCAAUUGUUUCGGAAGAUACACUAAAGAGCGGCUACAAAGUGAUUACUGGCCACGGCACAAAGCAGGUGCCCGACGACAUAGUAAAUCGCGCCGUUAUGUGUGUGUAGCGACAAACGGACGCAAAACCAACGACAGCAUAAUCAUUGUGAAUGUCAAACAGCGGCAUCAAUUGCAAGUCGACCGUUUGGCCAACAGUAUAACAAUUAUAGUGAAUUCGCGUGGGCUUUCCGCAGUUAAACGUUGCCCGGGGCAAGCACAGCUAAAGCAACAACAAUAACAACAACAUUUGCGAGUCACGAUAGCAGCAAUGAGUGCGGACGUAGCAACAAGCAGGCAGUCGAGUGCAAUCACAACAGCAACAACAACAGACAAAGUUGCAACCAAAACCAGGCAAUCGGCGGCAUGGACAACGUUUCGGUGGCCGAUUGGUUUAUGCGAAAUCGGCGAAUCAGCUGCAACAACAACAACUGCAAUGGCUACAACGAAAGCUUUGCAGUCAAAGCGAGUUGAUGACAUCGCUUGCCGUCAGCAACGUGAUGAAGAUGAUCACAACAACAACAACAGAAGUAGCAAAAACAAAAACAGAAGCAAAGACAUCAAUAUCCCCUCAGCGCAACGAAUUGCAAGUCAAAAGCGAAGGCCAACACAGCAACAGUUAGGCCAACACUGUGACAUACGCAAGCGACGACAGCAACAACAACAACCACUACAAAAACAUUGGUGGUAUAAUCUGGUGCAACAACUACCAUGUGGCGCAUCAAAAGACGAUGAUACUCAGAGCUGGUCCACCCAUUUGCCCACUUUCCUAAAGCAACAACAACAGCGGCAGCAACAACAAUGGCUGCGCUUUUGCCUUGUGCUCGUCAUUUGCCUGUCACUGCCCUCAGCAACGAAUACGAAACCUCAGACCUCAGCAACGGCGGCAACAACAACAACAAUUGUCACCGAACCACCAACAUUGAGCGAUACAUUAACAACAACACCAACAGCAGAAAUAGUAAUAGCAACAUCAAAGCUGGCAACCACCACCAGCCAAACGGUGCAGUCGCCAUCGCCGCCGUCGUCAGCAACUGAAAGUGCUGACAACAUCGUGACCAACGAACUUACCGACAUCACACACACCACCACAACCAAUGCCAUCGAAAAUGUCAUCAUUCCUUCAACCAAGCCCAGCGUAAAUUCAACGACCGCAUCAAAAGCUCUGGCGCAGACGUUGACGGCGUUCACGGUGGGUGCGUUGACAGUGUCAACAGCAUUGCCGACGGCAGCGCAAACAUUCACAGCCUCAUCGCUGUCAUCAGCAGCGGCAACAACACAACAAUCAUACAACACUACAACAGCAACGCUGUUUGACUCCGCCGUCAAUGCGUUGGCUGAAGCGAAGCGCAGCGGUGGUGAGAACCUCCGCACGCAAACGGCAUGGAAUGCGCACUUCGUCAAUGAAUUGCUGCUGCAUGGCGCUGCAGCUACAAUAACACAAGCGUCAAAUGAAUCACCAGCAGCUAGAUAUCACAGCAGCAACAAUAAUGUCAUCCGGAAUGCGCCCAGUGGGAGCAACACUUUGCAUGUCAUACAGCAACAUAGUCCCACAAAUGCUAACACCAACAGCAACAACUACAACUACGCUAGUGAAGACAGCGACUUGGGCCGGGUUCGUCACCAACGCGCUGUGCGUUCCGUGAGUCAUGGCAGUCCUGGCAGUGUGGGCUUCAGCGGCAGCAGCUUUGGCGGCGUGAGUCAGGCUGGCGGUGGCAGCGGACUGGGCAUAAGCGGCAACGGCGGUGUUGUUGGCCUCUCGAAUGCGCACGAUGGCGAAAGUAAUAAUCAUAACAGUAUUGAGUGUCCCAGUUUCGAUGAGAAUUCGGCGUGCCCGUGCUAUAAAUUCGAAGAUGGCUUAUUUCUCGAGUGUCCCGGCACGACGGCCAUGUCGUUGCGCAGCACGUUGGAACGCAUCUCAUCGCCGAUACAUUCAUUAUCCAUUUAUGAUUUCGAUCGUUCGGUCACGUCUCUCUCGCAGGAUGUCUUUCAACCAGGUGUCAAUAUAAGGCAUUUGCAAUUUUCACACUCACACUUGGAGACGCUAAAGGAUAACAGUUUGCGGCAUGUACGUGCAACAUUGGAGUCGUUGAGCAUUGUUAAUGGAAAAUUAACACAGAUACCAUCACGCGCCCUCAACGCCAUGCAAAAAUUGAGCGCAUUAGACUUUGACUACAAUGAAAUCGUGCGCAUCGAAGACUAUAGCUUCUAUGGACUGCGUUUGUCGAAGCUCAACAUGAAAGGCAAUCAACUGCAAGCGAUACCCGAGCACGCUUUCGUAGGGCUGGAGGAGUCCAUACAAGAAAUAGAUUUGUCAGAGAAUGCUUUGCGCACAUUUCCGCUACUCUCUUUACGUAAACUGGAUUAUCUGCGUACGUUGCGUCUAUCCAAUAACAAGAUAUCCACAUUCUAUGGCGACAUAACGCUCGCGACAAAUAAUGCUUCGGCAGCAGCAACGGUGCUACGGCUGCCAUCUUUGAUAUUUCUGGACUUGAGUUCAAAUCAAUUUACGGAGAUUGUGAAUGACUGUUUUAGCGCCUUUCCACAGCUGAAGACACUUUCGUUGUAUGCGAACCAAAUUGAGCUGGUGCAACCCGAUGCGUUUAAGAGUUUGAAGGAGUUAAUGUCACUCGAUAUGUCACACAAUCGCAUCAUUUCAUUGGAUGCCAAAAUUUUCGAUAAAAACAAACGUUUGCAGACUGUGGACCUCAGUCACAAUCAUGUGCACUCAAUUAGUGGUGUCUUCUCGAAUUUACCGCAAUUGCGUGAGGUAUUUCUCUCCGAAAAUAAUAUACUGGAGUUGCCUGCUGACGCAUUUACGAACUCAUCCAAUGUGGAUGUCAUCUAUUUGGAGUCUAAUGCCAUAGCGCAUAUUGAUCCAAAUGUGUUUAGUACGCUAGUGAAUUUGGAUCAUUUAUAUUUGCGUUCCAACUUCAUACCGUUAGUGCCUGUAACGCUCUUCGAUAAAUGUCAGAAACUCACCUCACUAUCGCUCGACAACAAUCAAAUACAAGAUCUCGAGAUCGGCAUGUUUCGUAAGUUGGAAUUUUUACGUGAAGUGCGCUUACAUAACAAUCGUAUACGGCGCAUACGCAAGGGCGUCUUCGAACCGUUACCAGCAUUACAGGAACUACAUGUACAAAAGAACAAUAUCGAGGACAUCGAACCGGGCGCCUUUCAAAGUCUAACCAAUUUGCAACACAUCAACUUGCAAGAUAACCAACUGACUGUGUUGGAAGACAUUUUCCCGAACGACAAAGCCAACUCUUCGCUGCUGUCCAUACAGCUGGAGGAGAAUGAACUGCACAAGAUACACGCGCGCACAUUUCGGCGGCAAGAGCGCAUACAGAUCAUGUGGCUGCGCGACAAUCAGCUGACCCGUGUAGACAAAAGCAUGUUCGUGGAUCUGCAGCUGCUCGGUCGCUUGUACCUCAGCAACAAUCUGAUACGUGAUAUUGAUAAGGAUACUUUCAGCACACUGAAGCAUUUGAAGUUUCUCGAUUUAAGCGGCAAUCGGCUGAAGCAUGUGCGUCGUGAGUACUUUGCACCACUCGUGGGUUUGGAAGAGCUAAGUAUCUCACAAAACUACAUUGAAGCUUUGGAGAGUUAUUGCUUUAAUAAAUUGAAGAACCUACGCGUACUCGAUCUAUCGAAUAAUCCUUUGGUGCAAUUAACCAAGGAUAUUUUCAUGGAAGAACUACCGUUGACAUUUCUGAAUCUGCGCAAUACUUCGCUGCGUAAGAUUGAACUGCACACCUUCAAGUCACUGCAAAAUCUGAACGAGCUUAAUUUGGAGGAUAAUCAAUUGAAUCCCUCCGACAUACACAAAUUAGAUGUGCCAAGUUUACGUACUCUCUAUCUCGCACACAAUGACUUCAGUCGCGAACGCGUGGGUGGCAUAACAGCCGGCAUGUUUAAUAAGAUGCGCUCACUUCAAUUGCUUACGAUGUCCAAUUGCAGUCUCGACGUUCUACCAGACGAGAUUUUCUCCAAGAAUACCAACCUCGUUAAGUUAGAUUUGUGUGACAAUCGCAUCACCGUUAUGAAUCGGAAUAUCUUCAGCGGCCUCAAUGUGUUUAAGGAGUUGAAGCUGUGCCACAAUCAACUCUCCGAGUUUCCACACAUUGCGCUAUAUAACUUGAGCACGCUGGAGACCUUGGAUUUGUCGCGCAAUCAGCUGACCUCUAUUGACUUCUUCAAGCUUAGCGGUACACUGAAUUUGCGUCAACUCAAUUUGCACGACAACAAAAUCACUUCGCUCAGCGGUUUCAACGCAGUGAAUCUGACGCAACUCGAUAAUAUUGAUCUCAGCGGUAAUCUUUUGCUAUCAUUACCUGCGAAUUUCUUAAGACACUCUAUAAACUUACAACGCGUUGAUUUGUCGAGCAAUCGCUUCCUGCAACUCCCCAGUUCUGCGCUCUCAGACAUCUCCAUACCACGUCUUUCGUGGCUCAAUCUCACUGGCAAUCCAAUAAAUAAAAUUUACACUGUCAAAGAGGAACGUUAUCCCUACCUUAAAGAGCUUUACAUCUGCCAAACCAACUUGUCCAUACUGACUUCCAAGGACUUUGAAGCUUUCCAGGCUUUACAGCAUUUGCAUUUAGUAAAUAAUCGCAUCACACGCAUCUCACCUGGCGCCUUUAAGUCUCUCACAAAUCUACUUACGCUGGAUCUCAGCAUAAACGAGUUGGAAAUGUUGCCAAAAGAGCGUUUGCAAGGCUUGAAAUUACUGCGCUUGUUGAAUAUUUCACAUAAUAUUCUUAAGGAUUUGGAAGAGUUCAGUAGCGACCUAGCACAGUUGCAGACAUUUGAUUUGUCUUACAAUCAAUUAGAUCGCAUUUCGAAGAAAACCUUCCGAAACUUGCAUGGUCUCGUCGAAUUGUAUCUAAUGGGCAAUCGCAUGACCGUCCUAUCGAAUGAGGCCUUCCGGUACCUACGUAAACUGAACGUGCUUGAUCUUCGUAAGAACUACUUCGAACUGGUGCCGAUAGAGGCGCUCAAGCCUUUGGAGACAAACAUAAAAACACUGAAGUUGGAAGAAAAUCCACUGCAUUGCAGCUGUGAUGCACAAAAGCUUUGGGAAUGGCUGCGCGAUCAUCGAAAAUGGUCACAAACGAGCACCGGUGAUGGCAUUAAUUACUUAAGGUGCGAACAUCCAGUGGACUUGCGGGGCAAAGUGUUUGCCAAAAUGGAGCCACAGCAAUUCUGUGAUGCACCGUUGAUACCGAAAAUUGCCAUACAGGAUAUACAGCCAUAUUCGGUGGUCGUUUCGUGGUUGAGUCGUGAGCAUUUGGGUUUAACGGGCUAUGAAAUUGUAUAUUACGCGACCACAGAUGGCAUCGAUUACGAUGAGAUGCGCGGCAAACGUCUCAACGGCACCGCGAACUCGGCCAAAUUAACAAAGCUGAACGCCAAUACGCGUUACCACAUCUGCGUCAUUGGCACCGGUAAUUGGUUGUCCGAGCCGGCGGCGAAUGCGCUGCAAAGGAUACACUUUAACGACACCGUGCUAAUGUUACGCGAUGAGGCGGCCGCGAUUGGCGGCAACUACAUUGCCGGCCAACAACAGCAACACUACUAUUACGACCAGCAGCAGCAACAACAACAGCAGCAGCAAUCUGAAUAUUAUCAACAAUAUUUUCACACGUAUCAACAGCCGCACGACCAACAGCAAUUAUUUACGCAAGCCGAGCCGCAACAACAACAGGCGUUAAUCGAGAACACCGUCGUCACGGACCAUGCGCUGCGGGACGUAUUGAAAAAUACGCACAUCACCACUUGUACCGACGUGCAAACACUGGACUCGACACCGAGUCUGGUGACCGACGAGAAUGGGCUCUCCAGCAACGGCUUCAUACACUCGAUAUUAACACGGCGCCUCGGUCUCAUCGUCGGCUGUUGUCUGGGCAUCAUUGUGUUCAUUGUCAUGAUUUCGGUGUUGAGUUAUGUGAAACUGAAGAAGCAACGCAUCGAGAAUGCGAAAAGACAAGCCGCCAUGCCACCCGAGUACAUAUCGUAUCGACACUUCUCCAUACCCAACGAGGAGCUGGUGCGCGCCUCGGUAGCCGGCGGCGCUACCACGACCAUUUCGAGUGUACCGAGCGGCAUAAGUGCACACAUCAGCGGCACCAGCCUGAGCACCAGCGCCACUGCCACCACGGCAACUACGCCACUGGGCACGAGUGGCGGUGGCGGCAAUUGCACUGACAAUACCAAGAGCACUGGCGUUGUGACAUCCGCUACCAAUACGCUGAAGAAGAGCGAAGUCAACGCCAAUCUGAGCGGUGUAAGCGGUGUCAGCGUGGGUGUGAGUGUCGGUGUGGGAAUGGUUGUUGCCGACGGCAAUGGCUUGGUGAAUUUGACCUCAACAGCCGCAAAAGCAACGAGCAAUGAUGUCAACGGCACAACGACAACAGCGGACGCAGCGGCGACAGCGAACAACCACAAUCACCAUGCGCAUCAGCAGCACCAGCAAUUGCGGCUCCAGCAUCAGCAUCAGCACACUCUGCAACGACAGCAACAGCAACAGCAGGCGGGAAAUCACCAUCAUCAUGUCGUGGGCAAUAGCGGCGUGGGGUACAUGUCGUCGGGCGUUGUUUUGGGCGCGAAUCACUUGAAUGCCUGUUAGUUGCGGCAGCGCGCUUGCCACACGGCCGCAAACGAUGUCGCAAAACUCCCUUUAGGCCAUAAAGUUACGAGUAUUUUUAAGGUCCUCUUAAAAAAGAGAAACAAACGCGCAUACUCGUUCCAACAUGCAUACAUACAUACAUACAUAGCUUGUAGGCGAAGACACCCUAGGCUAAGCAUAACUGUAAAUAUGAUAAUGUAGAAAGAAGUGACUUGUUAAUGAAAAGUAUGCAAAUUGUGGCAACGCAAGCGGUAGAGCAGCGAGCAAAUCAUGAAACUGGUGCUGUACUACGAGUAUGCCAUGUGGUCCUAUGCUGUUCGGUACCAGGCUAUACGGUAUUAUUCUAUGAAUUACCAUCUUAUGCGAUGCUAUGCCAUGCCAUGCGCUGCGUUGGGUUGCCGAGUGUAUAAAUAUGUUUCAAAUAUGACUUUGUUAGUUAUAUUUAGCUUAGCAAUAAUGUGUUAGUAAAUUCGUUUUAAGUUUAGAUUUAUCAUAGAUAGGCUGAGAUUGAAACUCUUAUUAUUUGUUGUACUCCUACAGAAGACUUUUAAGCAAACACACUCAUCAAUAAUGCGCACACAAUAAUUUAAAACACAUAACUAGCAUUAGGUCGAUGCUAAAUAUGAAUGAAUAGAAUAUAAGUUUGAAUUUCGAAAGAUGUAAGAUAUAAUCACUUCUGAAGUAAUUAUGUGGCUUAUAUGAAAAUUUAGUAUAUAGUAAAUAAUUUGUUUAGAUAUUUUAUAGUUUCAUAUAUAUUUAGUGUAAAUUUUACAUAUCUUGCCUUUAUAUUACACUGUUCUUUGCGUAUUUGUAAAAAAAUUAGGUUAUAUUUACGAAAACUAAA